AUGCCUGCCGAAGCCGAAGAAAGUACUCAAAAGGGCAAGAAGGGCGGUAAAUCUUCCCGUAAGAGAGGCGGUAAUGACGAGGAGGAAGAUUAUGCCAGAGCUAGUGCAGAGCGUAAAGCGAAAAGAAGGGAGCAGCGCGCGGCUGAGAAAGCCGCGGCGCCCACCCCAAUCGCCAUUCCGGAAUACAUUAGUGUAGCUAACCUGGCCAGCAUGGUGCGUGUGCGUACGGACCAGUUUAUACGCAAGAUGGAAGAGCUGGGCUUCGAAGACAUUCAGCCUGAGGACAUUCUGAACGAGGAAAACGCUGGACUUAUUGCUAUGGAAUACAACUUCGAGCCGAUUGCCGCAUCCCCCGAAGACGACGUGGACCUCCGUGCCGCGCCUGAACCCGAGGACAAGUCAAGUUUGCCGCAGCGCCCCCCGAUUGUGACCAUCAUGGGCCACGUCGAUCACGGAAAGACUACUCUACUCGACUACCUCCGCAAGUCUUCGGUCGUCGCGACUGAGUUCGGCGGCAUCACACAGCAUAUCGGCGCCUUCAGCGUGCCUCUGUCUUCCGGCAAGACCAUCACUUUCCUCGACACUCCCGGCCACGCUGCCUUCCUCAACAUGCGCCAGCGUGGCGCAAACGUGACGGACAUUGUCGUCCUGGUCGUCGCUGCCGACGACAGCGUCAAGCCGCAAACGCUCGAAGCUAUCAAACACGCCAAGGGCGCUCGUGUCCCCAUCAUCGUCGCCAUCAACAAGGUAGACAAGGAAGGCGCGAACCCUGACCGCGUGAAGCAGGAUCUUGCUCGUCACGGCGUCGACGUCGAAGACUUUGGCGGUGACAUCCAGGCCAUCAACGUCAGCGGCAAGACAGGUCAGGGCAUCGACGAGCUCGAGGAAGCCAUUGGAACCCUCUCCGAAGUGCUGGACUACCGCGCCGACCCCACCGGCGCCGUCGAAGGCCGCAUCAUCGAGGCCUCGACCAAGAAGUCGGGCCGCACGGCGACGCUGCUGAUCAAGCGCGGCACGCUGCGCGUGGGCGACAUCAUCGUCGCGGGCACGACGUUCGCGCGCGUGCGCACAAUGCGCAACGAGGGCGGCGAGUUCAUCGACCAAGUCACGCCGGGCAUGCCGGCCGAGGUCGACGGGUGGCGCGGCGUGCCCGUCGCCGGCGACGAGGUGCUGCAGGCGCCCAACGAGCAGCGCGCGACCGCGGUGAUUGAGUACCGCGAGCGCAAGGAGGAGAGCGAGCAGCUGGCCAAGGACAUGGAGGCGAUUGCGCAGGCGCGCAAGCUCGAGAGCGCGCGGCGCGAGGAGAAGGAGGCCGCGGCCGCGGCGAAGGAAGCCGCAGAAGCCGGCGUGGAGGUGGCGGACACGAAGACCGCUGCCGCGGAGGCGAAGGACGACGGCCCGCCCUCGCUGGUGCAGGUGCCGUUUAUCCUAAAGGCAGACGUGUCUGGCUCCGCGGAAGCAGUCAUGGACUACGUGAUGACGGUGGGCAACAGCGAAGUGCGGCCGGUAGUGCUGCGCUCAGAGUUCGGCGCAGUGAGCGAGUUCGACGUCGAGCACGCGGCCGUGGCGGGCGGGCACAUCAUCUCGUUCAACGUGGCGCUGGAUCCACGCAUUGCGCACCUGGCCGAGCAGCGCGGCGUGCGCGUCCUCGAGGACAACGUCAUCUACCGGCUCGUCGACGCGGUCAAGGCGCUGCUGAGCGAGCGUCUGCCGCCCACCAUGGUGCAGCGCGUCACGGGCGAGGCGCAGGUCCUGCAGACGUUCAGCAUUGGCCUCGGCGGCCGGCGCAAGAUGCUCAUUGCCGGCUGCAGGGUCAAGAACGGCGUCAUGGGCCGUGGGCACCGCGUCAGGGUUUUCCGGGGGGAGAAGAAGAUUUAUGAUGGAACCGUUUCGUCCCUCAAGAACGUCAAGAAGGACGUCGCCGAGAUGCGCAAGGGCACCGAGUGCGGCAUGGCCUUUGACGGGUGGCAGGACUUCCAGGCCAAUGACACGAUCCAGUGCUACGAGGAGCGCGCCGAGAAGCGGUAUCUGUAG